AUGCACCCCUUUGCUGGAAAGUGGUCAGAAGUGCAAGUGGCCGAUGCAAAAGUGGUCAUCAAAUACCAGGAGUUGCCAGAUAGACUGCUCUGGGACACCAAUAAGGUCCAAGAGUAUGUGGUCAGCGGAGUGACGGAAUCAUGCAUGCGUCAAAAAUUGCAAGCUUUCCUGUGGCACCAUUCUUUGCGGCUGCUCAUCCGACAGACACACAUUCCGGAAUCUCAUGGAGACUUGGAACGGCAACACUCGUGCUUCAGUAUCUGUAAAGACAUCGUCGCAGCCAUUGCAAGCUACAUUCAGUGCUUCGUGUGCACACGGCCGAUUGGGUAUCUUCUCACAUGCUCCCUCGUUGACUGUGUGUUUCAUUUGAAGCAGGAGCAGAUCAAGCCAUCCACCUUUGCCGAACAAGUUGAUGUACAGGAGCUCUUCAAAGAUAUCAAACGCUUACUCGAAAUACUCGCGCUCUCGGUAGGCUGUGCUCAGCGAGCCCUUAACGCCUUGCGCUGCGUUCUGGUUAUGUCCAGUGACUGGGACUUUGGGGUGGAAAUGAACGAAACCUCGAACGUGUCAGAAUCUCUGCGAAGCGGCGGCCACGAUGCCUUCAUUGGCAGGAAUCAGGGUUUUCCAGCCGUCUACUCUGAGACAGGCAUCACAGAAACUCUGGACUUCCUGGGUCUGUUGCCGACGAAGGAUUUGUUGACCACCUUCGACUCCGAUAAAUUGUGA